AUGGCAUCCGUACUUGGAAACAACAGCCGCGCGUCGGGGGCUCAGAGCGGCCAGGUCAAAUGCAAGCUGAAAAGGCGGAGGCGGAGGCGAUCGAAGAGAAAAGAGAAAGUCAGUAUGCUGUCAGCAUUGAUCGCUCCUUUCAAGUACAUAAGCCCUGGGACCAGCAGCACAGAGGACGAGGACAGUUUAAGCACCAGCAGUGCAGAGGUAAAGGAAAACCGUAAUAUUGGUAACUUAGAGGAUCGCUCCAUCGGAUCUGCAGAGUGCCAGUCGCUCUUUUGCUCUGACUCUGCAAGAAGUGGGAGCUCUGGUCUGAAAAGGAAACGGCCACUGGAGGAAGACAACAAUGGGCACUUGUGUCAGCUCCGCCUCAUCUAUAAGAAACUGUCCUGGUCUGAGGCACCGAAGAACGCCUUGGUGCAACUUAAUGAGCUGCGGCCGGGCCUGCAGUACCGCAUGGUGUCUCAGACCGGUCCGGUCCACGCUCCUGUCUUCUCCAUCGCUGUGGAGGUAAACGGGCUGACCUUCGAGGGCACAGGCCCCACAAAGAAGAAAGCUAAGAUGAGGGCUGCCGAGCUGGCCCUCAAGUCCUUCAUCCAGUUCCCCAAUGCUCCUCAGGCCCACCUGGCCAUGGGAAACAUCUCCAACCCUUCAGCCGACUUCACCUCAGAUCAAGCAGACUUUCCUGACACACUCUUCAAGGAAUUCGAGACUUCGCCGUGCUCUGAUGGCCUCUCGCUCUGCAACUCAGCAGCAGAGAGUGAGCUGCUAUCAAGUGAGCUACUGAGACAUGGACGUUUGCUUCGCCAUACCUUGGACCUGAUGGUGCAGGCUCAGCAAAGGCUGGGUGGGAUUGUUCCAGAGCCAGAGGCCCCCAAGAGCCCUGUGGCGUUACUCAAUGAGCUCCGGCCGGGCCUGCGCUAUGCCUGCCUUUCAGAGCGAGCUGAGGGCCGACGGCUGCGCAGCUUUGUGAUGGCGGUGCGCGUGGACGGGCGGAUAUUUGAGGGCUGCGGUCGCAGCAAGAAGCUGGCCAAGAACCAGGCGGCCCAGUGUGCUCUUCAGGCCCUCUUCAACAUCAGGACAGCCCCUGAGGGGAGGACAGGCCUCAAAGCCAGCAGGAAGAGCUGUCCUCAUUUACCCCAGGACUUUGCCGAUUCAAUAUUCCACUUGGUGAGGGAGAAGUACCGGUCGCUGGUGGGCGGCUGCAGUCCUGCGCACGCUCGACACAAAUCCCUGGCAGGCAUCGUAAUGACCCGAGGUCUGGACCUGAGGCACGCCCAGGUGGUGGCGUUAUCCACAGGCACCAAGUGUAUAAACGGGGAGUAUCUGAGUGACCAGGGACAAGUGGUCAAUGACUGUCACGCUGAAGUCACGGCCCGCAGAGCCCUGCUACGCUUCCUCUACUCUCAACUUGAACUCUUCUUGAGUAAAAGGCCAGAGGACUGGGAGGAGUCGAUAUUCGUGCGGCACAAGGAGUGCAGCUACAGGUUGAGAGACAACGUCCAUUUCCACAUGUACAUCAGCACGUCGCCGUGUGGGGACGGGAGGCUCAACUCGCCCUAUGAAAUCACCACUGACUUACACAGCAGCAGACACCUCAUGAGAAAGCAACGCAGCCACCUGCGGACCAAAAUCGAGUCCGGCGAAGGGACGGUGCCGGUCCGAUGCCGGGGGCCCGUCCAGACGUGGGACGGCGUCUUACAGGGCGAGCAGCUCAUCACCAUGUCCUGCACUGACAAAAUCACCAGAUGGAACAUUCUGGGCCUGCAGGGGGCGUUGCUGAGCCACUUUCUGGAGCCGGUGUACCUUCACAGCGUGACCGUCGGCAGCGUUCGCCACACGGGCCAUCUGGGCAGAGUUCUGAACCAGCGGCUCGAGCGCCUGGGCCCGCUGCCCGCCACGCACAGACGCAACCAGCCCCUGCUCAGCGGGCUGAGCAGUGCCGAGUAUCAGCCGCCGGGGAAGGCCUCAUGUGUCAGCGUCAACUGGACGCUGGGGGACGGCCAGUUGGAGGUGGUCAACACGGCCACCGGGCGGAGACGGGAAUCAGGGACACCCUCGCGUCUCUGCAAGCACGCCCUGUUCACCCGCUGGAGCAGACUGUACCGCAAGUUGGGGAUCCACGUGUCCGGCUCGGCGGACCGCCAGCUCAUGUACUGUGAGGCCAAGAUGGCGGCGCGUCCUUACCAGACAGUGAAGCAGCAGUGGUUCAGAUCUCUGCAGGAAACGGGCCUCGGCACCUGGGUCAAGAAACCGCCCGAGCAGGAACAGUUCCUGCUGUCAGUCUGA